UUUAGGAAUAAUAAUUGAAUAAAUUUCUAUCCUUACAAACAUCUCUACAUCUCACUUAGAUCUAAAAGUAAUCUUAAAAUCUGUAUCUGAAUUAUAUAAUGAUUGAUCUCCUGUAAUUGAAUCGCUGAUCAGUGAUUAAUUGUAUAAAGCCACUUACCUCUUCUAGUUUUCUGUGGUUCGUAGUUUAAAAAUGUGGUGUUUUUUUUGUUUUAUUUACAUAUAUAGCAACUAAAUGCGUACUGUUCCCAUUGUUUUAGCUAGAAUAUACUGUAUAUAACAAUGCAGAUUGCUUUACUUUAAAAUUUAAAUUUUUACAAAGUUUAGGGCAAAUUUUUUAGGAUUUUCUAUAAUUUUUUGUAAUUUUUUUCGUUAAGAAAUGUUGGUAGGUGUAUUUGUGUGUUCAAAAUCGUAUUAUAAUUAUCGGAAAGUAGAAAAUUUAUUAACUCUCUGCGAUAUUUUCGCCUUCUUUUGCCAUAUUUUUUUUAUUAGUUUAUCAACUUCUUACAGUUUUAUUGUUGUGUGUGCUUGAAUAGAUUAAAUACUAUUUAACAAAUUUAGUUGUUUAAUAACAUUGCAACAUUUAAAUAAUUCUAACACUUAUCAUUUCAGCAAAAACCGACAAAUUUAUAUAGUUUUAAACAAAUAAAUGUAGUAGAAUUGACAUAAACCGAGCUGUUUCACAUUUAUGAGUUGAGAGUUAAUCACUUAUUUUCUAAUAAUAAACUUUUUAAUUGAGUACGACAAAAGCCUCACAGUAGAAAUAAGAAAGCCAGCGGUCGUAAAGCGAGGAAAGUAUUAAUUUGGGUUAAUCAAUGAAUAAUAAGUAGCCAGAAAUUUUCUAAGUAUACGAACUACAAUCUGUAAAUCCUUCAGGCAAUUUUCUAUAAAUCUUCUCUGUUUAGGGAGAGGAUAUCAGUAACUUGAAGGUAUACGAUGUCAAAAUUCUGUUCGAUAGAAGAUACGCUGAAGUAAGGUAAUAUGUAAAUGAAAAGUAGUAGACAUUUGUGACUGAAAAGUAUAACUUAGUAGUAAAUCCGAUAAAAAUAGUUGUAAUACCGUGGAAUAUAGAAGCUUAUAAAGUUUAAAAGUAGCAAUAACUUUGCUUAUUCAUUUACAGUUACACAAGAGGUGCACAACGAGUUUUCACUUGUUUCUAAAUGUUCAUCGCCAGAUUCAUAAUCCUCAUAUUAUGUCAGUUAUAAAUUAGAAAUAUCAGACAUUCUGAAAAUAUAAUUACUUUAAUUUUAAGAAUUUACGUUAUUGUUGAAACCUCCUUUCGUACUAAUCAGUGAAGAACAGAAUUACAGCUCAGUUAUUAGUAGGUAACUUGUAAUUGUAUAAAUUUUAGUGAAAACACCUAAAUUAAAUUGGGUAAAAAAAUAGUGAUCUACUGAAAAUAUGGCCCAAUAAAUUCUGAUAGUUUAAUGCAAUAUUUUGAAUAUUCCCGAUUCUGUAGGUGUGGGAUCUACACCAUACACACACUUCUCUGUUUUCAUAUUAUCGAUUUUUAAUAACUUAGGUAAGUGACUUAAUGAAGGUAAGGGUUAAGUACAAAACUCUUACUUUUACACGUAAAUUUUCACUGAAAUUAAACUACCGUAUACUUCUGUAAUCCACACUUUUAUAUUACAAAUUUAACAAAUUUUGAAUUAUUUUUUUUCUUUUGGAGAUAAUCAACCGAAGUCGCAGUCCCAAUCUGCUGUAUUGCCUGGAAGUAGUCAGGUGUCAGCUGCAUCUGGAUCUAGACAAAAUGAAAGACCUACAACCAGUACACAAGCAGCCAGAGCAGCACCCGCUGGAACUAUUCAAGAGGAACAACAGACAGAUCCAGAAAGGGUUACUGAGGUCGAAAGAACCUCAACUCGCAGAGAGGGUGGACAACCAUCUUCAAUGGCUCUGGCUUCGAUAGAACAAUCAGAAACUAAAGUCGAGUUUCUUUCACGUGCUAUGAAGAGACUGGGUCUAGAGAUGACUUUUACUGGUUCUGAGCGUCAUAAAUUCGCUAAGCGACCUGGAAUUGGAUUACAAGGUAAAAAGAUCGAUUUAAUAGCAAAUUACUUUCCGAUAGACAUACCAGAAGGCGAAAUAUACCAUUAUGACGUACAUAUUGAAAAGCUUGUACCUGUAAAGGAUGCGGGUGACAGCGAAGGUCUGCCCAAACAUAAAAAGUACAAAUGCCAAAAUACAAAACAAAAGAGAAAUGUUAUAGAAGCGAUGAUUAGGGAUGUGGCCAUGUUUAAAAAUAUUCUACCAGCAUUUGACGGUGAAAAAAAUUUAUAUACUAGAAACUUACUACCAUUCAAAAAAGAGAAAACAUUUACUGUAAAACUUACGGACGACUUUAAUCCAAAAGACAAGAUAAGUUACGAAAUCCAAAUGAAACCGGUGAAUAGAAAAGAUACAAUGAAGAGAUCGGCAGAAAACUCAAUUAAUUUAGAACCAUUACAUCAGUUGUUAGCUGGAAGAUGCAGUGAUAUAACGGAGGGUAUCUUAAUGGGAAUCAUGGCGAUAGAAACCAUACUAAGACACGGUCCUGCCUUACGAUUGGUGCCAGUUGGAAGAUCAUUCUUCACCAAACCACAUUCGGACGAAGUUCCGCUUUUGAGUGGAGGAAGAGAAAUUUGGUUCGGUCACCAUCAAAGUAUGCAACUGUGCCAAUGGAAACCUAUGCUUAACAUAGAUAAAUCAGCAACAACCUUUUAUAAAAGCUGUUCCGUUAUCGAGUUUAUGUUCGAAGUGUUAAAUAUGAGUACUGAAAACAUCGAGUUGUCUUUAAGACAGUUCAGAAGUCUGACCGAUGCCGAAAGGAGGACAUUAGCCAAAGAAAUGAAGAACUUAAGAGUUGAAGUAACUCAUUUGCCUUAUCCUCGAAAGUAUCGAGUUCGAGAUAUAACAAGAGAAAAUGCAAAUAAUACAUUUUUCAUCAGAAAAAUUGAUAACGAAGAUGUUAGAUGUUCGGUAUCUGAAUAUUUUCGUACCACAUAUAGAAAAUUACAAUACCCAAACUUACCUUGUUUAAACGUGGGAAGUGAAAAAAAAGCUGUGCAUUUGCCAAUGGAGGUGUGCAAUAUUGUUGAAGGGCAACACUGCAAUAAGAAGCUGACUGAAAAACAAACAUCUGAUAUGAUUCGCUACACGGCUCGUCCUCCUGCCCAGAGGUUCAAUGAUAUAAAAGAAUCAAUUAAUGCUGUCUUGAAAGAUUUCGAACCGUUCUCCAGAGAAUUUGGCAUUCGGGUAAGUCCGAAACCCGUAAAUUUUACAGGCAGAGUAUUAAAUGCUCCACAAAUAACGUAUCAACAAAAUCAGGCCAUCACACCUUUCAACGGAAGCUGGGAUAUGAAAGGCAAAAGAUUUUUUACAGGAGCAAGUAUAGAAAAAUGGAUGCUGCUCAGCUUCUCGACUGCUAGAUUCUGCGACGAAAAUGCUCUGGAUAAUUUUGUGAGAAUGCUUAUAAACGGUGGAAGAAACGUAGGAGUAUAUUUUGCACCACCCCUCGUAACUAAACGCUUUACCCAUCGCGAUGGAAGGCCAGCAGAUUUACUUAGACGAGCAAAGAAUAUGUAUAAAGAUCUGCAAUUAGCCGUAAUAGUGCUGCCAGCAGGAAAUAUCUACUCGGAGAUAAAAACUGUUGCAGAAACAGAACUAGGUCUUAUGACGCAGUGUAUAAAGGACGUAAACGCCACGGGUAGAAAAUGUAACCCUCAGUUAAUAUGUAAUUUAUGUCAGAAAAUUAAUGCUAAAAUGGGCGAGGUUAACAAUUCUUUAUCGCAAGCAGACAAACCUGCAAUUUUCAAGAAACCUGUAAUCAUCGUAGGGGUGGACUGCACCCAUCCCGCUCCAGGUGACAAAACAGGGUAUUCGAUAGCAGCAGUAGUGGGAAGUCUGGAUUCGUAUCCUAGCAAAUUUACGGCUUCUGUUCGACUACAGCAUAAGAGACAGAAGGUAGAAGGCAAAACAUACGGACAGGAUAUUGUGAUCGAUCUGAAGGAGAUGAUGAAAGAAAUUUUGCUGGAAUUUUUCAAAACAACGAAAGGAAAAAAACCGGAAAAAAUUAUUAUUUUUAGAGACGGAAUUAGCGAAGGCGAAUACCAGAAUGUGAUGGAGUACGAAAUGAGAAAAAUUAGAAAUGCCUGUAAAGAAAUGGCUCAAGAAGAGACCUACGAACCACCAAUCACAUUCAUCGUAAUUGAUAAACGUCAUCAUACACGUCUUCUUCCUACAGAUCCGAGAGACGGUGUUGGAAGACCUGGAAAUGUCCCACCCGGUACUAUAGUGGAUACUAACAUCGUACAUCCGUUUUUCUACGAUUUCUUUUUAUGCAGUCAUAUAGGCAUACAAGGGACAAGCAGACCUUCCCACUACACGGUUCUUUGGGACGACAAUAACUUCACAGCUGACCAGCUUCAGCUGUUAACUUACUCUUUAUGCCACACUUACGUAAGAUGUACCAGGAGCAUAUCCGUACCGUGUCCGGUUAUGUAUGCUCACCUUGCGGCAUUCAGAGCAAAACAUUACCUAAUAGCCAAAACUGAAGAUGUAUCGAGUAGCGAAACCUCCGAAAGCGAAGGCGAAGAGGUAAUUAUACCAGAAAGCAUGAAAGAAGCCAUUAGAGUAGUUAAAUCUAUGCAAAAUCGAAUGUAUUUUGUAUAAAUUUUCAUGCUAAUGUUUAACAUUUUAUCAAAAACACUAACGAUAUAUUGUACUCGAACAAUCUCUUUUUACAUACUUUUUGCAUACAUAGAGUUAUAUAUUUUUAAUUUUAAAUUAGUCAUAAAGUCUUUCUGAUAGAAAUGACGACAUUUAUAGUGAUGAUAAAGAAUGUGACUUUGUAAGUACAAAGUCUAAGUAUUUUUAAGUAAUUCUUUUAACAUAGAAUAAAUGGUUAUUUGAUUGAAACAUAAUUUGUUUUUUAAAGUUAAUUUUUAUAUAAAUGAUUUACUUACGAAUUUCUGACUGCGGUCUUUAAAAACAUAAGAAAUUAUUAAUUAACUAGACAUAAAUAGUAACCAUAAUCUUAUCUUUAUACAUUUGAAAAAACACGUAUAGAAGUUAAUACCCGUUCAAAUAAAAUAAAUAUUAAUGGUAAAAGAACGCAAUCUCAAUGCAUAACACUAUACAGUUAUACUGCGGACUAGAUUUACUAUAAAUUCAAUUUAGUCACUCCAUGAAAAAACACAAAAAAGAACAAUAUACAAAACUUGUGUAAAAUUUGUAAUUGGGCUGCAAUUUGAAAGAAUUGUGUACCUCUAAAUUUCGACUGAAGUCGUGGAUUUCUUAAUCACACCAGACACAAUAGGUUACAAACGCGUAAUACCGAGGUAUGAAACAAAGACACGAUUCC